AUGACCAAUCCUCAGCCUACAAUAGAAGGUGGUAUUUCAGAAGUUGAGAUAAUUUCACAACAAGUGGAAGAAGAGACUAAAAGCAUUGCUCCUGUACAACUUGUUAAUUUUGCUUAUCGAGAUCUACCUUUAGCUGCACUUGAUCUGUCUGUGGCUGGGUCCCAGCUUUUGUCAAAUUUGGAUGAGGAGUACCAAAGAGAAGGAUCUAACUGGCUAAAACCGUGCUGUGGGAGACGAGCAGCUGUGUGGCAGGUAUUUUUGCUCAGUGCAAGUCUCAACAGUUUCCUGGUAGCCUGUGUAGUAUUGGUGGUGAUUCUUCUGACUCUGGAGCUCCUAAUAGAUAUAAAGCUUCUCCAGUUUUCAAGUGCUUCACAGUUUGCAGGAAUAAUUCACUGGAUCAGCCUAGUCAUCCUGUCUGUUUUCUUUUCAGAGACUAUUUUGAGGAUUGUGGUCCUUGGCAUAUGGGAUUACAUUGAAAACAAAAUAGAGGUGUUUGAUGGUGCUGUCAUAAUCUUGUCCUUGGCACCGAUGGUGGCCUCCACAGUGGCUAAUGGCCCCAGCAGCCCCUGGGAUGCUAUCAGCCUUAUUAUCACACUACGAAUAUGGAGAGUGAAGAGGAUCAUUGAUGCCUAUGUCCUUCCAGUGAAAGUGGAGAUGGAGAUGAUGAUUCAGCAAUAUGAGAAGGCAAAGGUUAUUCAAGACGAGCAGCUGGAAAGACUAACUCAGAUCUGCCAAGAACAAGGGUUUGAAAUCAGGCAGCUGAGGGCCCACCUUGCUCAGCAGGAUUUGGAUCUGGCUGCAGAGAGAGAGGCUGCGCUGCAGGUCCCACACGUACUGAACAAACAGAGCAGCAACAGGUACAAGGUGGUAGCAACUGAAGAUUCAGAUGAUGAAGCCACUGAGAACAUCACUGAGCUGCGGCCUCCACGAGAGGAUGACAUGAAUAAUUACAUCAGUCGAUACCGCAAUGAGCCUAGCAGUGACAGCGGCGUCCCCGAGGCAGCCAUCUGCGUGGUCACCACCGCCGCCAUCGACGUCCAUCGCCCCAACAUCUCUUCUGACCUCUUCACAGUGGAGGUGCCGAUGCGCCUGGGCAGCACCGGGACGUCCGCCAGCAUCACGUCCGGCAGUGCCUCGCGGUCGACCGUCAGCUCAGGCACCCAGGCCUGCAGCGAGAGCAGCCAGACGCUGGGCUCCUCCCCGGACUGCAGCACGGCCUGCGAGGAUGCUGCAGAGGCUGGCGCCAACCCGCGGGCUGACCUCGCGCCCACCCGGCAGCGGGUGGCCCACGCCGUGGUGCAGGAGCUGCUGUCGUCCCUGUCGGAAGAGGCCUGUCUGGCGCAGAAGGGGCUGGAUCCUGUCAACCUGAAGCUGCCCAGCCCGGCGGGCUCAGUAGGGACCAGCCCCGACCUGGGCCACCGGCUCAGCGUCUACAACCGUAGGAACCAGGAGAGCCUCAAUGUCUUCCAGCUCAAGCCACUCAUCGACUGCCCGCAGGGUGCCCCAAUGAUUGAUGAGAAGUAUGGGGCGCUGGGGCCCCCGGAGCCACGGCUGGGCAGGGUUCCUGAGGCAUAG